CCCAGCAUGCGGAGGCCGGCGGCGGCGGCGGCGCGGCAGCGGGGGCCCGACGGGGCGCCGGAGCCCGAGCCGGAGCGCGAGCGGGGCCCGCGGGCGCGGGGGCCGGCGCCGCGCCGCUGAGGGAGCCGCGGGGACUCGGCGACGCCGACAGCAGCUGGGAGCCCCGAGCCUUGAGGCGCAGACCCCCGCGGCAUGUGUCGUGGCCCCGCCCCGCCCUGAGGCCCCCCGCGAUGCUGGCGGCCGCUGGGCCGGCCCCGACUCAGUAGGAGCGCGCGGGCCCAUGGGGUGCUAGCCCCCGACAGCCACACCGCGCAGGCCCCGCAGCAGCGGAACCGUGGAGAGGCCGGGGUACCACAAACUGAUGGAUUUUGACAAGAAAGGAGGGAAAGGGGAGACGGACGAAGGCCGGAAGAUGGCCAAGUCCGCCAGCCGCGCCAGCCACAGCGUGCGGGGCGCGGGAGCCGGCUCGGGGGUCCUGAUGGUGGGCCCCAACUUCCGGGUCGGGAAGAAGAUAGGGUGCGGCAACUUCGGAGAGCUCCGGCUAGGGAAGAAUCUGUAUACAAAUGAAUACGUAGCUAUCAAACUGGAGCCCAUCAAGUCCCGGGCGCCGCAGCUGCACCUGGAGUACCGCUUCUACAAGCAGCUCAGCACCGCAGAGGGCGUCCCCCAGGUGUACUACUUCGGGCCGUGCGGGAAGUACAACGCCAUGGUUCUGGAGCUUCUGGGGCCCAGCCUGGAGGACCUGUUCGACCUGUGCGACCGCACCUUCACGCUCAAGACAGUUCUCAUGAUCGCCAUCCAGCUGAUCACCCGCAUGGAGUACGUACACACCAAGAGCCUCAUCUACCGCGACGUCAAGCCCGAGAACUUCCUGGUGGGGCGCCCAGGCAGCAAGCGGCAGCACGCGGUGCACAUCAUCGACUUCGGCCUGGCCAAGGAGUACAUCGACCCCGAGACCAAGAAGCACAUCCCGUACCGCGAGCACAAGAGCCUGACGGGCACGGCGCGGUACAUGAGCAUCAACACACAUCUGGGCAAAGAGCAGAGCCGCCGCGACGACCUGGAGGCGCUGGGCCACAUGUUCAUGUACUUCCUGCGCGGCAGCCUGCCCUGGCAGGGGCUCAAGGCCGACACGCUCAAGGAGCGCUACCAGAAGAUCGGGGACACCAAGAGGGCCACACCCAUCGAGGUGCUGUGUGAGAGCUUCCCUGAGGAGAUGGCCACGUACCUGCGCUACGUGCGGCGCCUGGACUUCUUCGAGAAGCCGGACUACGAUUACCUGCGCAAGCUCUUCACCGACCUCUUCGACCGCAGCGGCUUCGUGUUCGACUACGAGUACGACUGGGCCGGGAAGCCGCUGCCCACGCCCAUCGGCUCGACCCACAGCGAGCAGUUCACACAGGCCCAGGCGCGGGAGAAGCCCCAGCUCUACUGCAAAAACCAGGCGCUCAACUCCACUAAUGGGGAACUGAACAUGGACGACCCCACUGCCGGCCACUCCAAUGCCCCCAUCACGGCGCCUACCGAGAUGGAGGUCACGGAGGACACCAAGUGCUGCUGCUUCUUCAAGCGGAGAAAGAGGAAAUCGCUGCAGCGCCGCAAGUGAGGCCACCAGGGGGCGCCACGCCCCGUGGUUCCCGCAGCUCCCGGCCCACGUGGGCCUGUGUGUGCUGGACCUGGGCCCGUGUGUGCUCGCCGCGAGCCGAGACUCUGAGUGGGCUGGGCCGGGCAGCGCCCCGCGCCUGCGCCCAUUGCCGGCUGCAACCUCCGUGGCCCCGGCCGGGUCCGGCCCGGUGUGCCCCUGGGUCCAAAGGCGUUUUCUCCAGGGGCGCCGCGGAGCGGGCGUUGGCGGCGGGUGUGGGUGGCCCCCAACCAAAAUGCUGCACCAAAGCCGGGCAGGCUGGGCGCGGCCCCUGCUGCUCCAUUCCAGGGUGGCCUCCCCGGUGGUCCAGCGGCGGCCGGCCGGGCCCUAGCCGGGAGACAAGCGCCUUAUAGCCCAGCCCAGCCCCGAGGGCGCCCGGGGCAGCGCAGGGGAGCCCGGCGGGCGAGGGCGUCAGUCUUGCUUUACCAAGUGUACAGAAAUGGCACUUCCUGUCUCCAUGCUUCCUGGAAGCCAUAGAACUUAGGGGCUUUUUUACAAAAUAAAGAAAAUGAAACCAGUGCGGA